UGACCCAAGAUGGCGACUUUUGAGGAGAUUGGUUCUCAUGAAGAAGACAAUAUGGAGUACAGAAAGUUCCCCCUACGACGCAUGGAACCGGCAAUUCAGAAAUUUCUCGCGGUCGUACAGAUUGACCUUGGUAGAAUUGACAGUCACAAACUAAAUAUAGAAAGGUACAAUCGGCUACAUGACUGGAGCAGUCUACACGUGGAGCAGAUCAAUGCUACAAGGACACUUCAUCAAUUACAGUCCAACCUUCGCGAGAUUGAGAUAUGCAGGACCCAGGUUGAGGAAGGAGACCUCGAGGGUUUUGAUGGGAAGAUUGAACCCGUGAAGACAACUGCUCUACAGUCAUUGGCAGAGUUCCUUCCCUUGUGUAACAAAUCAGGUCAAGGUGAGAUUGAGGAGGGUUUGAUACAUACACAGAGGAAUGAGCGGUCUGCAGACAUUGAAGUGGAGCAGUCCUCUGACGCUUUAGAUGAGGUUAGUUUGGAGCGGCCUGAAGACAUUGAAGUGGCGCAGUCCUCGGACGCUUUAGAUGAGGAUAAGCGAAAAACCCUAGACAGAGUGGAAGACAACGUAGAGUCGGCGCAGAAUGACGAACCGGAAGGUGUCAAACAUCAUUCUUAG